CAAGGAGACGCUCGUGUAAGAGUGAAUUUGCAACUCUGGUUAUUUGAAACAGUAACAACAAAUACCACUCAGCGAUGCACCGAUUGCACCACACAACUAAUGGGAAGCCAGGGACAGAGGAGCCAGGACGCCAAUUGCAUCACCGCCAAAGGAAGCAAAAAGCGCCCCGACCAAGCUGGAAACGGGGGAGAGCUUCCUCCCACUCAAGGCCGGCUAUGCCAGGGCGAGGGAGGGGAGGACCAACGUCACCGGCUGCGACGAGCCAGAGAGAGGAAGUCCUGGAAACACGUGUCUGCACCGGCCAAGACUGUGCUCUGCUCUGGAUCUGAUGCUGCUUGCUUGAAUGCAAGUAGGGAGUCGGAAAGCUGCAAAUAACCUGCCAGUGGCAACAUUGUCGUGAUGAGUUUUAUUGAAUAUGGAGAUACGAUAAAAGAAGGAGACACAGCAAUUGUCUUCUUGGGACAUGAAUCGAUGUUUCCAGUGAAGGUGCAACAUGGUGGUAAAACUCAGACUAAGUAUGGCGUUAUUAGACACUCAACCGACCUCAUUGGAAAGAAGUAUGGUUCCAAGGUGACCUGCAGCAAAGGAGGUUGGGUGUACAUCCUUUAUCCGACUCCAGAGUUAUGGACACUGAACUUACCCCACAGAACUCAAAUCCUGUAUUCAACAGAUAUCUCUCUAAUCACCAUGAUGCUUGAGCUGAAACCAGGAAGUAUAGUGUGUGAAUCAGGAACUGGAAGUGGUUCUCUCUCUCAUGCCAUCAUCAGGACAAUUGCCCCAACAGGACAUCUGUAUACAGUGGAGUUCCACCAACAGAGAGCUGAAAAAGCCAUAGAGGAGUUCGAAGAGCACAAAGUGGGGCAUUUGGUGACAGUCAAGACCCAGGAUGUCUGCAAAAAUGGCUUUGGUGUCACCAACAUUGCAGAUGCAGUGUUUCUGGACAUUCCAUCCCCAUGGGAAGCUGUAGGCCAUGCCAAACUAGCAUUAAAACAUGAAGGUGGACGCAUAUGUUCCUUUUCCCCUUGCAUUGAGCAAGUUCAAAGGACCUGCUUAGCUUUGGAGGAACACGGCUUUACUGAAAUCACUACUUCAGAGAUCCUGCUCAGAGUGUACAACGUUCGAACAAUUAGUUUGCAAAUCCCUGAUCUUGGAAAAACAGCAGAUGGUGAUUCCAGCACUGGGGUUGAUGGAGGCAGCCCAUCAACUGAAGAUGCCUUGUGUCCAAAUCUUCAGCAGGAAACUAUACAGUUUAAGAGCGGUGUGCCACUUAAGGAAAUGGUGGGUCACACUGGUUAUUUGACCUUUGCUACUAAAAACCUAUUUUAAAUACAGGCUUGAGAGUGUUUCUGCUGUAUGCCCUCUGAAUGUAACUUUCCCAGCUCUCUGCUUCCAGAGCAAUUCCAUAUAUAGUCAGAUUGAUAUACUGUUUAAAUAGCUAGGCAGGAGCACUAACCGGAUCGGUCUUGGCAAUGUGCUGUUGUAGUAAACAGUGCUUGCCUAGUUAUCAGGUACGGAAGAUGGGCUAAUAGCUAAUAGGUGCAGUUUGGAAUUCACAGAGUAAAAGUCACUCUCUCUCUGUGUGUGUGUAUGUGUGGACACUUCUCCCUCAAAGAGAGUUUGCCAUAAAGGUUUUUUUUCAUGCCUGAAUAUUUGCUUUAGAAAUUUAUUGUAUUUUUUUUUUAAAAAAAGAAGAAUACGAAACAUGUCUAGUGUGGCUUUCAAUUAAGGCCAUUAAAAAUCACACCAUAUGGAGGAAACAUGUUUUUUAUUCAUACCCAAAAACAGCUUCAGAGUGCAGAGACACGUGUACCAAGCUCUUGUCAGCAGUUCUUUAAACUGAAUGCAUCUUUCUCUUGGAAUGUACAACUGCCUUCUGCUUUGGAGCCCAACCCUGUGAUAGGACAAAACUGCUUUCAGUUAAUUGUUAAUUGAAGGGGCUACAACAUGGCACUCCUUGCACUCCAAAGUACCUGCUGAUCUUUGAAUCCAGUGUGGUGCAGCCCUGAUACAUGAGAGUGUUGGUUUUGGCCCUCACUAGUAAAGAACAGGAGCUUUGAAUAAAGUGUGGAUUCAAUAGAGUCUUUUUGUAUAGAAAUACGCUGACAUUGCUUAAAGGUACAAUUUAUAAGACAACAGAUAUUACAUGUAAUUUCAAUGAAUGGGGACAUUCCCUAGAUACAGAAUAUAACACCCACAUUUGCACACGCAGCUUAUAAGUACAGUCAGCUUCCUCGUUUACUUCACUGGGUGGAUAUCAUUGGGCACACACUUUAGCAUUUGUAGAUCUGUAUCUUUUCACUGGAAUGAAUGGAGAAGCCCUUUAGAAUGAAGCAACAGUGUGGCUCAAUCCAUCCAUGGUUUGUCUAUUUUUAAUUUAACACAAUAACACCAGGAGCUCUGGUGGCUCAGCAGACUAAAGCACUGUUAUUAACAUCCACUUACGUCUGCUGCCUGCAAUUACUGCAAGUUCAAAUCUCACCAGGCUCAAGGUUGACUCAGCCUUCCAUCCUUUCUAAGGUAGGUAAAAUGAGGACCCAGAUUAUGGGGGCAAUAAACUGACUUUAUAUAAAUAUACAAAAGUAUGAAGGCUAUUGCUUAACGCAUUGUAAGCCACCCUGAGUCUCCAGAGAAGGGCAGCAUAUAAAUCAAAUUUAAAAAUAAAUAAAUACAUGAGCCUAUUCCAAGCCAUUGUGACAUGUUCAAGAAGCUAUGUCCUGGGUUUAUCAUAGCUCUGUGAAUGCAGAGCGUGUAUGGAGUACAAUCAUGCCAAAGUCAUGCUGAAGAAUCCUCUUGAUGCCCAUGGUAAUUUUGGAGUGCUGGUUUUUUUUUUGUUGUUGUCAUCCUCACAUUUAUAAUCUGAAAAAAGUCAAUAUAAAUCAUUGGGGCUACGUCUUGGAAUAAGUCACUUAAGGCUUAUCUUCAGACAUACUUUCCAUAAGAGAAUCAGUGGAAUUCAACACAUUUGCUGCAAACAAGAUGGUCAGAGGGUUCUCUAUCAUGAGAAAGCACAGGUGUAGGUUUUCAUGGUGGGACUUGGUUGCAACUUUCUUCCUGCAACAGUUAUUCAGGAACAAUUACACCUCUUCAUCUACUCAUUGUAUGAAUAAAUUUUAAGCACAGUUGUGUGUAGUCAUAAAUAAAAGGCUAUGUUUGCAAUAUUCUCAUAUCUUACUCUCCAUCAUCAAAUGCUGUCUUUGUUGGAUCAUUCUUACAUAUAAGAUUAAACUUUAUUGAUCACCACAAA